UGGAAAGAAGAACCUUGCCUACAAGACGCAGGUGGAUGAGCGAUUUCUGAUAGCAGACAAAGGUACGCCCUACCUCCAGACGCAAGGUGGCGCUAGUGCUCCAAUAGCCCAAUGCUAGCCGCAAACGAAAAAGACACACCAUGGCGACCGGGACGCUGCUUUUUAUUAUUAGCACCUACAAAUUUAUUUUUACAUUGUUUUUUGUGCAUUUAAAUCCCGUUUUAUGCCAACAAUAUAUAAUUCCUUUUCAAUCUCCGUCAGACUGCAGUGUGGAAGAAUACUUCGACAUCUCCAGUUUGUCGUGUGUUAGCUGUGGUGAAAAUCAACAACGCAGCGCAACAGGGCUGAGUUGCAUUUGCCAAAAUGGAUUCCGAACAGUCACGACUGAGCUGACCUCCAUUGCUUGUGAGGCCUGUCCAGAAGAAAAGCCUGCAGUAACUCAAGAUGGUUUUGGGUGCAUUCGUUGCCCAGGUAGUACUACUGAUGAGGGCCGGUGCCAGUGCCCUCCAAGACAUAUCCUCGUGGAGAGGGAUGUCAGUGGAAACCUUUUGGAUGAAGCCACAUGCGAGAUAUGUAAUGGAAAUGGAUCCGCUUUCUCAGUGCCCAACAGCAACGGAGACCGGUGCGGGAGAUGUCAGGCUUCCUUCAUCAAAAGCUCCUGUGUGUGUAACCCUCCCUCUUUGCUGGCAGGUGGGUUGUGUAUCCCACCAGGAAGUCUUUCCACUAAUGUCAAUCCCAGUGUCAACUUUGCUCAGUUGAAGUUCAGCAUCGUGUCUGCCUGGUUCCUCAAGAAUCUCUACUCAUCCGCAGCAGCCUGCCUUAGCUUCUCCAACCUGACAGCGUGCCAAGCCCUGGGCAACAUGUGUGUGAUGAACAUGCACUCCUUCAGCGGCGUGAGCGUUGAUGCCUGCGGCAUCUUUAACACCGUCUUCAGAUCACAGGCCGCUUUUAGCUCCACUCAAGACAUCUCCUACUGGAGACAUAAUCUACCAUGGCUUUACUACGGCGAUGAACCGGGAUUGGCGAGUCGGGUGCUUCAGAGCGAUCCCGUCCCGGUUAGCUUCGUUUUCAGAGGAAAAGACAAGAACACGGACAUUAGGCUGCUCGCUGCCGUUUAUAACGUCAGAGGCGAGUUCCUUCGAUGGGAAACUAUCGGGGGAGCCAAUCUUCAGAUUUGUCCAGAAACACCCAUCAAACGAACGUCAGCUUUCAGUUUUGGCACCGCUUACCAAGAAAACUGUGAUCUUUCAAUCGCAGACCUGCUCCGUGCUCAUCCCGAGCCGCUUUUUUAUGAUGUCUUUCUGGACCUUGGCGGAGAAGAGAGCAGAAAACUUCUCCCUUUGCCCACAUUGGUUCUGAACCAGCAAUAUCAUGGAAAGUUCAUCAACCAAGAAAGCAUGACCAACUGGUACCUGUCGCGGCGUAUCUUUCUCGUCGACGCGUUGAGCGGCCGAGAAAAAAGCGCAAAGGAACUUCCUAAAGUCAUCCGUGUCGCCAACGCUGUGAAAAUAAGGUUCAACUUGGUUCCGGGCACACAACAGGGUCAGGUGUUCCCCCCGCUGAUGACGGUGGAGUACAAAGAUGUCCUGGUCGCUGACAUCAACACACAAACUGUGUCUAUGAGCUUUUCUGUGGAGUAUGAGAUGGAUCAGAAUGAGGCUCGCUUGAAGACAGAUACUGCUCUGGGUGUGCUGGCUGGUCUGGCCGUGCUCUUGUCAGUGCUCAAAACAGUCAGCUGGAAGAGGAGGAUCGCCUCACCCGUGGUCGACUUAAGGACCAUGCUGAUGUUUUUCUUGUUUUACGCUGGAGAUCUGUCCAAUGUUUUCCUCGCCGUCACUGUGGGAACUGGACUUUACUGGCUCAUCCUUUACAAGGCCCAACAGAAUGCCUCAGUCUUAUUGCCGCUUUCUCAUCAAGAGGAGCAGUUUGUGACCUACAUCUGUUGCGCCUUUGCUCUCAAGGCAGUGCAGUUCCUCCACAAGCUGAUUGUGCAGUUAUCUUUGGACGUCUUCUUCAUUGACUGGGAAAGGCCACGCAUUAGAGCAAACAGAAACGUGCCAGCCAACGGUCAGCAGAAACGUGAUCCCUCUCCCGUCAGCAUUUGGAGGACCUACUUUGUGGCCAACGAGUGGAACGAGAUCCAGACCAUCCGUAAAAUUCGCCCAACUUUUCAGAUCAUGGCUGUGCUCUUCUUCCUCGAAGUGUUAGGGUUCUCCAGCUUAGCACUGAGAGACCCCUGGUCAACUCUACAGCGCCCCCCACAGGUGUAUACGCCUUCAUACAGCCUGAUUAUGCGCUAUGGUUUGUCGGCAACACUCUGGCUCUGCAUUGGACUUCUUCAGGUGAUUUUCUUCACUGUAUUUUAUGAGCAUUUUGUGGAAGACAAAAUUCGCCAGUUUGUGGACCUCUGCUCCAUCAGUAAUAUUUCCGUGCUGCUUUUACCCCAGCGCUGUUUUGGCUACUACAUCCAUGGCCGAUCUGUGCACGGCCACGCUGAUACAAACAUGGAAGAAAUGAACAACAACCUGAGGAGAGAAGCCGAGUCACUGUGUGGCCAAAGAGGUCUUCUUCCCAAUACGGACAUGCAGACCUUCCAAGUGGCCCUCUCCGGCCGGUUGCGCUCACAUUACGACAGGAUACGCGACUCCUUCACCAGGCGACACGGACCAUCGAGACUCAUGGACCCGGCCUCAUUCAACCAGUCAGACCAAAACAUUCGGGCCUACCAAACCAUGAACCACUUCUUGGGAUCUGUCAUAGAUCAUGCUCACCCUGACAUGGACUACAUUGUGAGGGACAAACUGGCAUUGGAGAGAGUCAUGGGCAUGGAGUUCCUUGAACCGAAUGAUAAGAGCAUCUUUUAUAAUGAUGAAGGUCACUCCUUUGCUGAUGUACUCUUUUAUGGAAACGAGGGCACUCUGCUGAUUUUCGACACGCUGUUCUUCUGCGUCGUCGACCUCGCCUCUCAGAACUUUGUGCUUGCUGCCGUCCUUACGUACUUACAGCAAAUGAUCUUUGAAAGGAUUCGCAAUUCGUUUGGAAGGAGGAACCUCGUCAACAAAACUUUAGUGGAUGACAGAUUUUUGAUAUGAUCAUUUAAAGUGGCCGUGUUGUAAAACUGUAAAUUAUGUUAGGUGUUUGUUGUUUUUUACAUAUCUGUUCCCUGUUUUGUAUAUAUUUUUCUUGUAAAUGUAUUUUUUUAGAUUAAAACAUUUUAUAUUAA